GGUGUCACACGUUUGCUAAGUGAGUGUUAUUAAUGGAGUCUCUGGCCUAUAAUUUUGCUAUGGAAGAUACUAAACCGACGUUCACGACAGCUACUGAUAUGUCUUCAGCCACUACAGCCGAAACUCCAGCCAGCAGCAUGCCGCACGAGGGCGCGUUCACGCCGCUGCCGCCCGCCUUCCACGGACACAGCGCCAACGAGCUGCUGCACUUACUGGCGCAGCAGGAGCCCCGAGCUGCCGACACUGCUCCGACAACCUCGGACUUCGAAGAGAUGAUGAUGAACUUCCGGAUCAACGGCUCCGAGAUGGCCUUCGACGAGACCGACUCCAACCACAACAACUACUACAGCAUGGGGAGUCGCGCCGAGUCGGUGGCGUCCUCUCGCGGCAACAUGUGGAGCGACCGCGGCGCGGCGCCGAGACACAACGACCAGAUGACCACCUUCGACUUCCUCGUCAAAAGUGUAUCAGCGGCCAACAACUACGUGUCGAUGCUGACGCGCGAGCAGCUGUCGGUGCUGCAGGCGCUGCGGCCGAGCCUGCUGUACGAGUUCCUGCAGGAGGUCGCCAAGGUGCGCAGCGACAAGCGCAUGCGCCGCGCGCUGCCCAAUGAGUGUGCAUUCUGCAAGAACAACGGCGAGAACGAGGAGUGCUACUCGUCGCACGCGCUCAAGGACUGGCGCGGGCGAGUCUUGUGCCCCGUGCUGAGGGCCUUCCGCUGCCCGCGGUGCGGCGCCACCGGCGACUGGGCGCACACCAUCAAGUACUGCCAGGAGAAUAAUGAUAACGAGCGCACAUCGAGCCUGUCGUCCCGGCGCCGCGCGCCGCCCUCCGCCUCGCUGCCGCUGGGCGGGGGCUCGCUGGGCGGGGGCAGCGCGCCGCCCUCGCAGCCGCCCACGCCCACGCACGCCGCCCCGCCGCCCUCGCCUUCCGCCAACAACGUGUGGUCUACUUUUGGCAUGAACAAUGAACAUGACCUAACCACAGUUAAUCCAGUUACAGUCCCCUGGCAGCGAAUGGAGUUUUCUUCCAAACGCUCCAACUAGUUAUUAAAAUGCCAUGCCAUGGGCCUUUAAAAGUGAAUUACUUCUAAUUACUCGUUUUGUUUUGGGGCUGGAACUCGAAACA